UUCUAGCUAUCCGAUGGUGGUUUAAGCCUCGCUGCUCCGUUUGUUGCAAGAGAAGUUCAACGGAACCUCAAUUUUUCUUCACGCUCAGAAACAGAACACUAUGAAUCAGGAAAAGCUGGCCAAGCUUCAAGCCCAAGUGCGAAUAGGAGGAAAGGGAACGGCCCGCAGGAAGAAAAAGGUCGUUCACAAGACGGCAACGGCUGAUGACAAGAAGCUGCAGGGCUCUCUGAAGAAGCUAGCAGUGAACAACAUCGCAGGAAUAGAGGAGGUGAACAUGAUCAAGGAUGACGGGACGGUGAUUCACUUCAACAACCCCAAAGUUCAGGCGUCGUUGUCUGCCAACACGUUUGCCAUCACCGGCCACGCAGAGACCAAACAGCUGACAGAGAUGCUCCCCGGCAUCCUGAGCCAGCUGGGAGCCGACAGCCUCAGCAGCCUGCGCAAGCUGGCCGAGCAGUUCCCACGGCAAUCGAUGGACAUGAAAACUGUCAAAGAGGAAAACGCAGAAGAAGAGGAUGACGACGUACCAGAUCUGGUGGAGAACUUUGAUGAAGCCUCAAAGAACGAAGCAAACUGAUGUCCAGCCUUCCUGCCCCUCCUCCGUCAGCAGUUUUUUUAGUUUUUAAACUCUUGCCGACUCACACAGGGCAUUUGUACUUGUGAGGAAAGAGGUGUGAAGGUGCAGCACCUCACCUGCGGAUACCUGGGUGACUCCAGGUCUGCCUGCUGCAGCUGCUAGCAGAAAGGUUUGAUUUGAGUAGCUGCUGAUCUUAUGGAAACACGAUCUGGAAGACUCCACACCCAAAGGAACUUCAAACCACUUUAGAGGAAGUUCCUGAUGUGACUCAACACGGCUAGUAUUUAAGAGAUUCUUUAUGAAAUUACAAAUAAAAUGAAUGGUUCAUUUAGCAUUAUAUCAGUGAUUAUCAAUAAAAUAAAAUGUUUUUGA